UCACGUCAUUCGUGUUCACGAUCACAACCAGUGACGUUGAACGUUCAGCCUGGUUCAGCUUAAUCGUUUCUUGCAUAAUUUUUCGUUGCGUGUAAACAUGCGUCCAACAUCGAAAUAAAUAUUGCAGCACGUAUCGUGUUAAAUAAUAGUACAGGCAUUUUUACACGAAUUUUAUCGUCAAUCUUAAUUUCAAUUUCAUCGAUGUUCUUCGGCAGCUAUUAAAAGUACAUCAUAUUGAAGGAGAACGAGCAUAAACAGAUACAAAAUACGUAUCGUAUUGCUUUAUAAAAUACUAAUUGAUAAUUAAUCUGGUAAACUAAUGGAAACGUUUUCAAAGCGCAAGAUGAGAACGGAGAGUAAAUUUCCUCUCUGAUAAAAAUAUGCUUGCUAAGCUUACGCGGAAAUAGAAACUUUCACGUUUAUGCGGUUGGGCGCCCUUCGAGUUCACCGAGAUAUAACCGGGAGUUUUAAAAUCCCAAUAUGGACCAAAUUUUAAUAUUACCUAUCGCGACAUGAUUCGUUGUUCGUUUGCACAAAAUUUCGGUAAAUAAUUUUGUUAUUAACAAAAUACUUGUAUAUAUUACAAUAGAUACAAAUGUAACUAUACAAAUAAAAAAAACUAACCUUCCAUCGUUGAUAAAAUUAUCUUUGCGAAAGUUAUACAGAGUAAAAAAUAUGCAAAUUUUUAUAUAGAAGGAAAUGCGAUCUUUUCUUGACAGUAGAUGCAUCCAAUAUCGAUUAAUCGAUAAUUUAAUCGUUGAUCCACAAUACCAGUCUCUGUAAUUAAAAUGUAACCUAACGAGGUUGGUAAAAAUGUAUGCUAUGCCACUUUGUCUUGUUCAAUAACAACGAUGUCAGAGAUUCAAUUUGCAAGUAUAAAUCAAUAUCCCAAAUAUAAUAGACGGGAUAACGAAGAAAGAAAUGGUUUGAAACCUGCACAGACCGUUGCGCGAAAUUCAUCGGAAUACAGUUCAACACAACCAGUAUCGGGAAGAGGUUCGAAUUCUCGGAAAAUUCGAGGAAAAGAAAGAAGGGGAGAAAGGGGAAGAGAGAACGUCCAAACUGCAAAUUCUACGGCCAACAAAAGGCCCGAUAAUGUUGCUAAGAGGACUUACCAAUGGUGUACCCAGUGUUGCGGAAAGAAAAAAGCUAAGAUAGUCAGAGCGCGCAAAUCCAAGUCAAAUUUCUUUAAACGUUUGAAAGAAAAAUGUAAGAAGCGUAAGAGGAAAAAGAAAAGGACUAGCUUUAGCGAAGAACGCAGCGUUUCACCGAUACGAUACGAAGAACGUCGCGUUUCUCCGGUACAGCACGAAGGCGUAAUUAGGGAAACCUCGAGAGAGGAGAAGGAUGAAAGAUUCGACGAUUCGAAAGGUGCAAAGGAAAUCAGGAAGAGGAAGAAGAAGAAGAAAAUGAAAGACGUUUCCGAACCACCUGUGCGUAUGUUUCAAACGGAUCAAGAAGAGAAAGUAAUCAAUAAUCAUGCUUCUGAGUUGGGGAUAGAUUUCACCAAAAGCUGUUGUUAUCUAUGCGCUCAAAACACAAUGGCGAUCGCGGCAGCAAUGUCUAAGAUGGGAAAGUUUCAUAUGUCCAUACAAGCUUCUACCAAAGAAACGUUAACCUCUGACAAAAGUUGUAGCCCAACUAUGCACGUUAGAACCGUACAGUCAUCUGUUAAGGUAAAAAUGCGCGAUAUGGGUACUCUGCACCCUGAUAAAAAAAAGAGCAAAAGGUCAAGGCCGAAGUUGAAGCUCAAUAAGAGGCUUAACAUUCUUCCAAGAUUAAAAUUUCCCCCGUAUCCAAAAGUACGAACCGUUGCUUGCGGAACAGAUAGAUCGAUGAAACGUAAUAAUAUACCACAAUGUAGAACAAAGCGCGGGGCCAACUGCGUAACCGACGCUAAUCCAACGUAAGAUGGUACAAAAAAAUCGAUGACAAACGAAGAAACGUUUUAUUUGACAAAAAGAUGUCGAGUCUCACACGUCCGUACGGAUGAAGAUUUGAAACUUUGCUUGUUGACGAAGAUCCUUAUAAAGCACGUAGGCUCGUCUCGGAAAGUCAAUCCAAAUAACGUUCAGAAAAGUCCUUUCUUCGUUUGAUUCAAGGAAGACCUAUGUGCGUUCCUACGCACUAGGUCUACGUACCAGGUAUCUCACCUAAUACUAUUUAUAACUUAAACACAGUCGUGUGUAAUUCUUCUUUCUUGCAUAUCUUUUAUAUUACUAUAUAAAUAAAUUAGUUUGA